AAGCUCAAACGUCAUACGUUCUUAUUCAACUAUCCGUCCCUACCAAUUGUUCCUCGUCCAGCUAUGUCCGCCACUCGGUACCGUCGGUUCUUGAAGCUGUGCGAGGAGUGGCCCCGUGAUGAGACCAAGAAAGGCCGAGAUUUGGGGACGUUCCUGCGGCACAAAGUAGCCUCCGCCUUCCGUGAGGGUGAAAACACACAGAUCUCAGAUCCAGAGAAAUGUGACCAGAUGUAUGAAAGUUUGGCCCGAAUUAAUGGCAACGCAUAUAGACAACGGUUUCCUCGUGUAAGAGACACAAGCUUUACUGGCGUCACGGCGGAAGAAUGUAAAGUGCUUUUGUCAGGGAGUAUGCAACAGACGGACGAGGAAAAAAAGGGUCUGUGGAAGACGUUAAUGGACAGAUUCUCCUCCAAAACUCCAGAAGAUGUUCCAGAGAAAGCUCCUGAAAAAUAACUUCAUUCUUUUCUCAUUGCAUGUACAGAAAUAAAGCUUAUUGUUGGUAUCA